AUGGUGAAUAACAACGAAUAUAAUAAAAUUAUGGACGAGAUAAAAAGUGAAAAUGAUUCAACAGAUAUUUAUGGUCUUUCAUAUGAAAUUCUCAUGCGUAUAUUUCAAGUAACUAUCGAUUGGAUAAAAAGUGAAACGAAUUCAAUUGAUAUUGAUUAUUUUGGACAAAAUUUCUUCAUACAUACCAAACAAUAUUUUGAUAAUGAAAAUUUUUCUAUUGAAUUGAAGACGGAUGAAUAUAAUCAAUUAGAUUUGAAAAUCCCUCUAAACAAUUUUAUUAAUGAAAAUGAUGAAUCUUUAAAAGAUGUUGAUGAUUUCAUAAUACAUGUAGGAAAUGAAAUUUACGAACUUACACGACGAAAAAAACUGAUGGAUAAAGAAAAAGAAUUACAACAAAAACAAGCAACAUUAAUCAAUCAACAAAAAAAUCAUAGUCAACUAGACAUUUCAUCAUCAUAUUUCAUCAAAUAA